AUGACUUAUCAGGUGAUCUCUACAUUACCACUUUUAGGUGUUGAACGAUAUUGCUGUUUAGAUGGUGGCUGGUCGACUAUUGCACAUGCUGCUCAUAUGAGUGGAAAUUAUUCGAUAUUGAUCCGCAAUGCUUCAACUGCUCUCCAAUGUCUUUUAAAACGUCAUUCUCGCAUGCGCACACGUCUUCGAGUAGAUAGUAAUCAGUAUUUUCUCGAUAAUCUUCAAUACAACAGUGAACAGUUAUCAAGCGAUUUAUUUUUCUCAGCUAUUGAAAUAAGCAACGAGUCGUGGCAAGAAAUUGUUGAACGUCGAUGUAAUCAAGAUCCAUAUUCAAAUAAUGGGACGGUUAUUUUUCCAAUGUUUCAUUUUAUGCUUUUAUACUAUUCACAACAAUCGGAUGAUCAACUAUUUCAUUUAGUUCUCUUUCAAAAUCAUUGUGUCUCAGAUGGUAUAAGUGGAUUUAUUCUUAUUAAUGAGUUUUUGACUUUGGCAACUACUUCGAAUUCUCUUGAAAUAUCAGAGCCACUCAAUACAGAAAUACUUCCAUUACUUGGCUAA